AAUAGUCAAUCGUUCCACCAUUUUACUUUUUUUUAUUUAUUUUAGACUUCAUGAAAUCCUAAAGCAGGAAAAGGACUUAGCAAGAGACGGUUUGCAUUAAAACGCUGUUUAUAUCCCACCGUGAAACAAGAAAAGCAGACUUUGGUUCCCCGGCAGCGACGUUAGUUAUACUAGCUAACAUGCUAGCUCCUUUUGAUUUCAAAAUAAAACAAAACAGCAGAGUCUGUAUAUUUAGACAAAAAGGGGUUGAAGCAGACUAAAUCCACAGUUUAGAGUUUUUUCACAUCGACCUCAUUGACUUUGAGUGAGGGGCGACAUGAAGUUGUCUCAGUUUUUUAACGGACGAUGACCGGAAAUAACCAGUUAUUUAACCGUUAAAAACCGUUUAGCAGCCAGACAACAACGGAGCGACACAGAGCGACAAAACACCGAUUAAAUGCUGUUUUAAAGGGAAGUUGGUCUGUUUAUCAGUUACUGGAAAGAUAUUCGAGCCGUUUGGAGGCAGCAGAGGACAAAGAGCAACAGUCUGAGGAACCAGGAAACUUCUGGAUGCUGAAGUCCGAGUCAGGUUCGUCCUGUUUUACUGUUAAUCUCUCCUAAAGUUAAACUUUUUACACUGUUUGGAAAUAAGGAAGUCCUGAGGCUUUUAAAUAGAUACGAUCACAGUUCCUAGAAGAGACUUAUGUGUUUAUUUCUAUUUCAGAUUUAGCUUCAGUCUAUGGAGUCACAUGCCUCCUAGUUUUGGUCACAUUUAAGUCAUUUUUGCUGAUAAAACAUUUAAUCUAGUUUUAGUUGUUGAAAAGUCACAUCUUUAUCAAAACAUUUUCUGUCUUCAGACUGUUGUCAUGAAUCAAUCAUGAAUUUGUGUGGAGCUUGAACUGGUGUAAAAAUCUGUUUCCCUCUAUUGACGCUCAAACAUGUGAAAUCUGAAUUUUAUAAUUUCGUGGGAUGAUUUAGUUCAUGUUCUCUCAUAAUUCAUUGCUGGUGUACUGUACCAGUGAAGUACCUAUUAUUAGGAGGCAAUAACUUUCUCUCUGUCGUCACAGAAAUACAUUUAGUUCCUUUGAUUUCUUCUUUUUGCGGGGCAGGGGGUCCAGCAGUGGCCCUUAAUGUCCUUAAGACCAAGAAACGCCCUUGUCAGACGCCCAGUGCACUCUCUGUGACAUCUUCAUUCUUGCAAUGGCAUGUAUUGAUGAGCAUUUGCUGUGUAACUUUUCACCACACUCCCUGUUCAAACUAAACUUUAUCUUUAUUCAGGGUGAAAACAUUGUCACUAAUGACUGUGUUUCAUUAUCAUCAACAGACACAAACAGCUGCUGUUGGUGAGUAAAAUGGAAGUUUUCCCUGAGCAGCAGGAGGUCAGCUGUGAUUUGAGCCAAGAGGACUCUCGUGAACCUCCACACUUCAAAGAGGAACAGGAAGAACUGAGGAUCAGUCAGGAGGAAGAGCAGCUUCAAGGACUGGAGGAGGCCGAUAUCAUCAAGUUCACAUUUGAUCCUGCCCUUGUGAAGAGGGAAGAUGAUGAUGAUGAUGAUGAUGAUGAUGAUGAUGAUGGAGAGAAACCACAGUCCUCACAUCUUCAUGAAAACCAAAUGAUGGAGAACAGUGACUCAGAGCGUUUGAAAACAGAACCGAGCCUUAAUAUAGAUAAUGUUUCAGUUCUUCAGUAUGAAGAGAAGUCACACUCUGAAUGUGAGACUGAUGACAGUAAUGAUUGGGAAGAGACAAAUGAACAUCAGUCAGCUUUAAAGCAUCAGCAAAACACAGAAGUGUUUGUGAAUAACCAAGAAUGGAAUGAUGAUAAAACAUCAGGUAGCUACUCUGAAUGUGCUACAAGCUCUGACCGAAAGGAACAACAACUGAAACUCAAAGAAAUCCAAGCUCAAAAGCAACCACUCGGUAGUAGAAGUUUCACAUCGAAGGCACAUUUGGAUUCACACUUAAAGGUUCACACAGGAGAGAAACUGUUUAGUUGUGAAGUUUGUAAUGCACUUUUUUUAUGUAAAGCUGAAUUAGAUGAACACAUGAGAGUUCAUACAGGUGAGAAACUUUUCAGCUGUUCUGUUUGUGGAAAAAGAUUUGCUCACAACAAAAUCAAGAGACACGUGAUAACUCAUACAGGAGAGAUAACUUUUAGUUGUUCAAUUUGUGGGAAAGAACUUGGGCAACAUGAUGAUCCAAAGCACCACUUUGUUGUCCACAUAGGAGAGAAAUCCUUCAGUUGUGCCAUUUGUGACAGAAGUUUCCCACAGAAGGCAUACUUGAAGUCACACCUACAGAUUCAUGCAGGAGAGAAACCCUUUCGUUGUGCAGUUUGUAAAGCACAUUUUGUACGUUACACUUGCUUAGCCGUACACAUGAGAAUUCAUUCUGGAGAGAAACCUUAUAGCUGCUCUGUUUGUGGGGAAAGAUUUGCUCACAACACCAUCAAGACACAUUUAAGAACUCAUACAGAAGAGAAACCAUUUAAUUGUUCAAUUUGUGGAAAAAGAUUUGGGCUACAUGACAAUCUAAAACGUCACUCGAUUGCCCACACAGGAGUGAAACCCUUCAGUUGCACCAUUUGUGGUGCAAAUUUUGCACAUAAAGCACAUUUGAAUGCGCACCUACAGGUUCACACUGGUGAGAAACUCUUUAGUUGUGCAGUUUGUAAAGCAUGUUUUUUGCGUGAACAUGACUUGCAUGUACACAUGAGAAUUCAUACAGGUGAGAAACCUUAUAGCUGCUCUGUUUGUGGGAAAAGAUUUGCCCACAACGCCAUCAAGACACACAUGAGAACUCACACAGGAGAGAAACCAUUUAGUUGUUCAAUCUGUGGGCAGGGAUUUCGGCAACAUGGCAAUUUAAAACGCCACCUGACUGUCCAUACAGGAGAGAAACCCUUUAGUUGUUCAGUUUGUGGUAAAAGAUUUGCAGGUUACAACAUGAAGAAACACAUGAGAACCCAUUCAGGGGAGAAACCCUUUAGCUGUUCUAUCUGUGGGAAAAAAUUUGCAGUAAGUACAACUCUAAACCGUCACUUGGUUGUCCACACUGGGGAGAAACCGUUUGGUUGCAAUGUAUGUGAGAAAAAAUUUACACAACCUGCAAGUCUCAACAAACACAAAUGUAAGGGUGUUGUCUUGUCUUAGGCUGUAUCCAGACCAACUUAUUGAAAUGAUGAUUACAUUUUUUUAGAGUGAUGAUAAAAAUUUGUGUCUGAUGUGAUUUUAAAAGUCUUCGCUCUGCGCUGAGGUGAAAUUUUUUGGACUUCGUAUGUAAGAUUCAUCCCAUCGCUAUCUGAAUAAAAACUUUUAAUUAAUGUUUUGAUGUUCACAUGUGAAAUGACUAAAGGGUAUAUAAUUAGACUUUGCGAAGUCUAAUUAUGGUGUAGAGGAUUUUACACCAGCAAGAUUUUAACUUGACAUACGAAAAUUAUUCUACAAAGUUUACACAGCUUCAUGCAACUGAUAUUGCAAAUAGCACUGCCAGCUGAAACAGAAUGCUAAGAGCAGGAGGAUGUCUUUUCUAACAUUAAUGCAUUCAAGCUUUUCUGGAGAGGGCAAGUACUUUUUUAAUUUUUGAUCUGAACAUGUUACACUAUUCUUUGCUUAGCCUGAUAUAAUUUUUUUCUCCCUGUCAGCUCUAAACAUAGCUGUGGAGCUGGCUUGUGUUGAGCGACUACCUACUGUUGUAAGCACUGUUAGUACAUGUGAAUGUAAACUAGUCUGUUUUUUUAAACCUCUGACUGACAUGAAUGUGUUUCUCUGUAAUGUUUCAAUAAGAUAAGAAGAAUUUUAUUUAUCCCUGAAGGGAAAUUAAUUUAUUUAUUUUACAACUGCUGUCUCGUGACAAAAUAAGAAUAUGAUUGUAUGUGAAAAUUGUAAAUAGUGUGUUGGCAGUUGUUGUUGGAAGAGAGAAUGGUUUAUAAGUUUGUGUUUCUAAAUAGUCACAAUUUUUAAAAUCUACCUUGUGAUGCCUUAAAUGUUUGAUAAGAUUUGAAAUCCUCCUUACAUCAAACCUCAGUGCACAUAUUUUGAUUUUCCUUUUUACAAUGUAGACCAAAGAGGAAAGAAUCAGUACUAUCUUUGCAUCUCAAUAUAUUCGUUUUGGCUUUCUUUGUUUUGUCGUUACUUGCAGCUUUUGGUCUGAAGUCAGCGAAUGGAUUUUCUAAUAUUACCAAUAAAUUGUGCUUGUGUAAUUCUGUGUGUGCUUCAUUAAAAUGAUGUUGUGGACUA